AUGAGUUAUUCCGGAGGGAGUGGAGGCAAAGGAUUUGGGUUUGCCGGGUUUACGAUGCCGAAGCGGAAUCCAUCCAAUAUUUCCCUACAUGCUGUCCCUCCACCGACGACUCCAAUGCAUGCUGUACCGCCGCCAACUUCUGGUCUAUCUAAGCAAGGCUAUUCGACAAUGAAUGCUAUCACUCAAAACGCCGUUGCUGGUAACUGGGGCACCCUUGGAAAAAAACGUUCAAAAACAGAGGAUGAGUAUUUUGAUGAGGAUGAUGAGCCACCAACCCCAGCUCUUGCGUACAUUCCAGCACCUGGUAGUCCAACCUAUGAGGCUGCUUCAAGCUCUAAGGCAGAUGAUGAUGAAGAGGAUCCCCUAGAUGCAUAUAUGGCUGGCUUGGAGAAGCAAGCUGCAAAAGACUUGGUUACUAGUAAGGAAAAUGCAAUUGCGGGUAAAGGUGAUAGUGGCAGGGGAACCAGGGGAGACAUAGAUGAGUUAGAUGACGAAGAAAGUUAUUAUAAAUAUAUGGAAGAAAAUCCUCUCACUAACGCUGGUGAUGAUUCUGACUUAGAAAUUGAAUAUGAUGAAGAUGGUAACCCAAUAGCACCUACAAAGAAAAAGUUUAUUGAUCCACUACCUCCUAUUGACCACUCUGAAAUAGAGUAUGAGCCAUUUGAGAAGAACUUUUAUGUUCCUCAUGAAGAUAUUGAAAAUUUAACCCACCAACAGGUUGAGGAUUUGAAGAAGAAUUUGGGUGUAAAGAUAACAGGGCCGGAUCCCCUAAAGCCUGUGAGCAGUUUUGCACAUCUAGGUUUUGAUGAACAACUCAUGAAAGCAAUACGUCGCUCUGAGUAUACCCAGCCAACUCCAAUCCAAGCUGCUGGUGUGCCGGCUGCAUUAUCAGGCAGAGAUCUCAUUGGAAUCGCUCGCACGGGUUCAGGCAAAACUGCGGCAUUUUUAUGGCCGCUUCUCGUUCACAUUAUGGAUCAGAAAGAGUUAGCGCCUGGAGAUGGACCCAUUGGUCUAAUACUUGCCCCAACAAGAGAACUUGCGCAGCAGAUUUAUAUGGAGGCUAAACGGUUUGGGAAGGUUUAUAACAUAAGAUGUGUUUGCUGCUAUGGUGGUGGCUCUAAAUGGGAACAGACAAAAGCUUUAGAGGGUGGGGCCGAAAUAGUAGUUGGGACACCGGGUCGUAUGAUAGAUCUAAUCAAAUGCAAAGCAACAAAUUUGAAGAGGGUCACAUAUUUGGUGAUAGAUGAGGCAGACCGGAUGUUUGACAUGGGUUUUGAGCCGCAGGUGCGGUCGAUCUGCAACCACGUGCGGCCGGAGCGGCAGGCGCUGCUGUUCUCGGCGACGUUCCCGCGUCGCGUGGAGCGGCUGGCGCGCGACGCGCUGCACGACCCCGUGCGCGUGCAGCACGGCGCCGCCGGCGAGGCCUGCGACCUCGUCACGCAGCACGUGCGAAUAUUCAACAAACCAGAGGAGAAGUGGUCCUGGCUCUUGAACAAUUUAGUGGAAUUUUUGUCAGCUGGGAGUGUGAUAAUAUUUGUUACUAAAAAGUUGGAAGCAGAGCAAACCGCUGCAAAUCUAGGAGUCCAGGAGUACGACGCGUUGCUGUUACACGGAGACAUGGACCAGGCGGACAGAAACAAAGUUAUCACAGCCUUCAAGCGGCAGGAGAGUAGUAUAUUGGUCGCUACAGAUGUGGCUGCUCGCGGUCUGGACAUCCCGCACGUGCGCACGGUGGUGAACUACACGGCGGCGCGCGACAUCGACACGCACACGCACCGCGUGGGGCGCACCGGCCGCGCCGGCGUGCGCGGCCGCGCGCACACGCUGCUGGCGCCCGCCGACAGGGACUUCGCCGCGCACCUGCUGCGCAGCCUGGAGCAAGUGCAGCAGGAGGUGCCCGACGAGUUAAUGCAGUUGGCGAUGCAGUCGGCGUGGUUCCGCAAGUCGCGCUUCAAGAAAGGCAAAGGCAAAAAUUUGAACAUAGGCGGCUGCGGCUUAGGAUACAAAGAGCGUCCCGGAUUACCAGCGGUCAGUGAUGAAAUAACACCCACCGUGCCGAUGGACAAAAGCCAUGGACCAGCCACGGACAGACUGGCUUCCUUGAAGCAGGCCUUCCGCUCACAGUAUAAUCAGUUCACCGCCUCCACUGAUCACUCGUGGGAGCAAACGCGGCCGCAAAUCCAGCCCGGGGUCAACGCCCCCGCCGCCCAGGCGAACGAAGAGAAACCCGAACGAGUCCGCAAGAGUGGAAAGAGGAGUCGGUGGGAGUAG